GAUUUGUGAAAUCAAUGUCCUUUCUCACUGUUUGUUAAGGGGAGGUUUUUUGGGUGGAAGAUCUUGGAGAGAGAAAGUGAAAGAGAGAAAGAGAGUCAAUGAAAGGGAGAGAAGAAAGAGGAGGAGAGAGAGAGACACAGUGGGUUAUCAAUUCUGGUUGUAUGUUUUUGGAUUUACUGCUCCCCCCAAGUAAAUGUGCAUUUGAUGUAAAGGAGUUAGCUUGCUUUUAUUUGUGUUGCAAUUAAGAGGGAGAGAGAGAAAAAGAGGAAGGGAAAGAUAAAGAGAGAAAGGUCCAGUUUUUUUUAGCUGGUUCUAGUUGUUUAAUGGAGGUGUGGGUUUUGAGGUUGAAGAAGGGAUCUUUAUAUUCUAUGUUUUGUUUCUGUUAAACCAUUUUGGUUCUUGUUUUUUCAAGUGCCUUGUUUGGGGAGAGUUUUCCUUUGUUAAUUUUUGGGAUCUGGGUUUUGGGGUUCUAGGGCUUCAGUUAUUCAGCCUUUGACUCAAUAGUCUCUUCAUUGGGUUCCCUUCCACGUUUUUGUCUUUCUUGUACUUCUCUUCAAAAAAUGGGCUUUUGACUUUCUUGUAUACUUCCAAUUCUGGGUUCUUUCCUGUGGUUUUGCACCUUAAAACUCUUCUUCUUUUUGGUUUUUGAGCUGAUCCUGAGAUGCUUUGUUUCUCAGAUUGGAGACUGAGAUUUGUUGCUGGAUUUAUUUCCCCUUUUACAUUUUGGGUUCCUCAUGGGUUGUUUUUCUCUGAAUUGUAUCCUUUUUAGCUGAAUUUGGGGCUUUCUUGAUCUGGUACAAGAUUCCUCCCUUUUGCUUUGAGUCCUAGGGUUUGAAGAUUGAACCCACUAAGAAAAAUAAGUCGGCUUUUUGUACUGAAUCUUGAGCUAGUUUUCUUCUUGGUUUUGUCUCUCAAGUUUUGCCGCUUUGAUGCAUCUUUCACUGUGGAAACCCAUAUCUCACUGUGCUGCUCUGAUCUUAGACAAGAAGAGCAGGAGAAGAGAUGGGUCUGAAUCAGCAGCUGAAAUCAAGAAGAACCCUUCCAUUCUCCGGAAACUACAUGAGAACAAGCUCAGGGAAGCUCUUGAAGAAGCAUCUGAAGAUGGCUCUUUGUUCAAGUCCCAGGACAUGGAACCUGAUUCACUAGGCAAUCAAGAUGAGAGCUUGGGACGAUCAAGAUCCCUUGCAAGACUCCAUGCUCAGCGUGAAUUUUUGCGAGCUACUGCCCUUGCCGCGGAGCGUAUAUUUGAGAGUGAAGAUUCUAUCCCUGAUGUCCGUGAGGCUUUCAAUAAGUUCCUCACAAUGUACCCAAAAUACCACUCAUCAGAGAAGAUUGAUCAGUUGAGGUCAGAUGAGUAUGCACAUUUAUCACCAAAGGUAUGCCUUGAUUAUUGUGGAUUCGGGCUUUUCUCUUAUGUUCAAACUUUGCAUUACUGGGAGUCUUCUACAUUUAGUUUGUCUGAGAUAACUGCAAAUUUGAGUAACCAUGCACUUUAUGGUGGUGCUGAGAAAGGCACUGUGGAAUAUGACAUAAAGAGUAGGAUAAUGGAUUAUUUGAACAUCCCAGAACAUGAGUAUGGCCUUGUGUUUACGGUAAGUAGGGGGUCUGCGUUUAAGUUGCUGGCGGACUCAUAUCCUUUUCACACGAAUAAGAAAUUGUUGACCAUGUUUGAUUAUGAGAGUCAAUCAGUGAAUUGGAUGGCUCAGAGUGCUAGGGAAAAGGGUGCAAAAGUCUACAGUGCUUGGUUCAAAUGGCCAACUCUUAAACUUUGUUCUACUGAUUUGAGAAAGCAGAUAUCGAAUAAAAAGAGGAGGAAGAAGGAUUCUGCUACUGGUCUUUUUGUUUUCCCGGUGCAGUCUAGAGUAACGGGGGCUAAGUAUUCAUAUCAGUGGAUGGCAUUGGCUCAGCAGAACAAUUGGCAUGUCUUGCUUGAUGCUGGGUCAUUGGGUCCCAAAGACAUGGAUUCACUUGGCCUGUCUUUGUUUCGGCCGGAUUUCAUUAUCACAUCAUUUUACAGGGUGUUUGGAUAUGAUCCAACUGGCUUUGGGUGCCUUCUUAUUAAAAAAUCAGUCAUGGGAAGUCUUCAGAACCAGUCUGGGUGUACUGGGUCUGGCAUGGUGAAGAUCACCCCUGAGUAUCCUCUGUAUCUGAGUGAUUCUGUAGAUGGUCUUGAUGGAUUGGGUGGAAUUGAGGACGAUGAAGUUGGUGCAAAUGGUGAUAAACCCUCUGAAAGCCGUCCAGGAUCACAGUUGCCUGCCUUUUCUGGCGCCUUCACAUCUGCUCAGGUCAGGGAUGUAUUUGAUACAGAGAUGGAUCCAGAUAAUAGUUCUGAUAGAGAUGGAGCGAGCACCAUAUUUGAAGAAACUGAGAGCAUUUCUGUCGGAGAAGUGAUGAAAAGCCCUGUCUUCAGUGAAGAUGAGUCAUCAGACAACUCAUUAUGGAUUGAUUUGGGUCAGAGUCCAUUGGGGUCUGAUAGCGCAGGUCAGUUGAAUAAACAGAAAAUUGCCUCCCCUUUGCCACCUUUUUGGUUUAGUGGCAAGAAGAACCACAAGCGGCUCUCUCCAAAGCCAACAUCGAAGAUAUAUGGCAGCCCAAUAUAUGAUGAUAAAGAUGUGAACCUGGGGCAUGAUGAUCAUCAUGUGUUAUCAUUUGAUGCUGCUGUUCUAUCAGUUUCACAGGAACUGGACCGUGUGAGGGAGAUCCCCGAAGAAGAACAAUUAGCAGGAACAAACAUCACCUCACGAAAUCAUAAGAAGACUUCACAUUAUUCACAUGUUCUGGAAAUUCAGGAAGAACAGGGUACCAGCAAACCACUGUCUGUGGGGUCUGUAUCUAGUUCUGCUAUAAACGGAGCUCGCCUCAAUAAUUCUUCUGUAUUUCGGAAUAAUGGCCUAGCAAAUGGCUCAACUUCUGAAAUUUCCUCAGAGAUUAAAGAGAGUGCCAUAAGAAGAGAAACUGAAGGUGAAUUUAGGCUGUUGGGGAGGAGGGAAGGGAAUAGAUAUAAUGGUGGUAGAUUUUUUGGGUUAGAAGAUGAACAUCCAAGCAGGGGAAGAAGGGUAUCCUUUAGCAUGGAGGAGGGCCGUAAAGAGCGCCUGAGUCAUACUUUGGAGCCAGGAGAAGUGUCUGUGACUAGUCUUGAUGAUGAAGACUACACCAGCGAUGGAGAAUAUGGUGAUGGACAAGAUUGGGACAGGAGGGAGCCUGAGAUAACUUGUCGGCAUCUUGAUCAUGUUAAUAUGUUGGGGCUCAAUAAAACCACUCUUAGAUUACGGUUUUUGAUUAAUUGGCUUGUAACCUCAUUACUACAGCUCAAAUUACCUAGUUCAGAUGGAGAUGGCAGAGUGAAUCUUGUUCACAUUUAUGGCCCAAAGAUAAAAUAUGAAAGGGGUGCAGCUGUGGCGUUCAAUGUGAGGGAUAAAAACAGGGGCCUCAUCAAUCCAGAGAUUGUACAGAAGUUGGCUGAAAGAGAAGGUAUUUCUCUCGGUAUUGGUUUCCUCAGUCACAUACGAAUAUUAGAUAGUCCACGACAACAGCGAGGGGCUUUGAACCUCGAAGAUACUACCCUGUGCAGACCGAUGGAAAAUGGGCGACAUGAUGGGAAAAGUGGGUUCAUAAGAGUCGAGGUUGUCACAGCUUCUCUGGGCUUCCUGACUAAUUUUGAGGAUGUCUAUAAGUUGUGGGCUUUUGUGGCAAAGUUCCUUAACACAGCAUUCAUCAGAGAGGGUACACUUCCAACUGUUGCAGAAGAAGAGUCAGAGACAUAACUUCUGUAAAGGAACACUUCAAAAUCAUUUGCAAUAUAUCCGAGAGUCUGAAUGGAAGAUUCCCUUAGAGAGGAUUUGGAGGUACCAGUAUAUGCAUGGCUUGCUCUUCCCCAAGACUCUUGGAUGCAGGCGGGUGAAUGUGUUAAUUCAUGUUUGUUGUUGCUUGAAAUUUUCUUUUUCCCCUUUUGGGUUCCUUGUAGAGUUGUUUUUAGAAAAAAUAUGUACCAUUUUGGAAGUUACCAUGACCUCAAAGCAGAAGUAUAUGGACACUACUCACAACUGUUACCACUUAGCGAUUCUGCUUUUGGUUUAUACACACUUCAUUUUUCUUCUCUGUAAAAAGAGGUAGUUAAUUUUACCUUCUGCAGUUCAAAUACAUUCACCACGUUUCUGAUUUGUCAA